AUGAACAGAACUCAUAAAAAUGAAAAUAAAAAAAGAAAAUGGAAAAAAAUUUUAUACGAAGAUCAAGACUAUGCCGACAAUUAUGUUCAUAACAGUUUUUUGAGUUCUCUCCUAACAAAUUUUGGAAUAAAAUAUAAGUAUUCUCAUGUUUGUCAUAGCAUGUUAUGUAUCAACCAUCAAAUUAUUAUUGUCCUCUUUCUUUUAAUUUCAUAUUAUUGUAUAGAUAAAAACGUGAUUACGCAAAAUUUCAUAUAUGCAGUUAACAUCGUCAUAAUCAUAUUGAAAGAGAUAUUAAUUUACCAAAAUCAUAACUCCUUAAACAACUCUUUGAAGAAUGUUUUAGACUCCAUUAUUAUUAUAGGAAUAAUAUGGAUAUUAUCGCCAGUUCUUAUAAGUUUAACACAAACUCAUAGUGAUAACACAGUUUAUUUAGUGUCCAUAAUGCUGUUAUUAAUACAUCUCAUGUUCCAUAAAUAUGGAUUUAUAUAUGAAAAGAAUGAAAAUAUAGAUAUAUUCGAUGCUACUUCUUUAAGUUGUGUUGUAAUUGCGAGUGUUAUAUUAGGUUCACGCCUUGCUUCAAUAGAACAGGUUUUUUCAUUUCUAUUCGUAUCUUCCAUUCUUUUUUUUUAUUCCCCCUUUAUAUUUCAAACAAUAGCAUUAAAAAAUAUAAAUUAUUACAAUUAUGUUUUAUUUCCAUUUUUGUUUGUGAUUUUAUCUUUAUGUAUAAGAAGUAUUUCUAUUACCUUAUUUUACGUAAAUUUGAUCGGGCAAUUCUUUUUGCUUUUUAUCGUGCCUGCGUUUUUUGUCAAGAAACAUAAUUUGAAAACAAAACUCGAAGGUCCUUGGGAUAUAUGUGGAGUGCCUUCAUCAAAGAAAUAA